GAUCCCUUUCAUCAGGGAUCUCCAGGAUUUGCUGCGAAGAUCCCUUUAAUCAGGGAUCUCCAGGAUUUGCUGCGAAGAUCCCUUUCAUCAGGGAUCUCCAGAAACAUCCAUCCGAAGAUGAGCGCAACGGAUAGGUGGAGCGGCCGCGAAACUGCGGGGACUCAAAGCGGGGAUGAUGACCACGACUCCAACGCCGGUUCCAAGGAGCGUGAACGCGACGAGCCUUUAGCCUCUAAUAACGCACCGGAGUUUCGGGAAGAAAUCUCGGAUUUCGACCAGUGGAUAGAAAACGCGAAAACGGUGCUAGAAUUCGUGGAUCAAAAGUAUCCAGCCUGUAAAGACAAAACCGAACGGACUACACAGUUCUUCGUUAACCGAGUGGCGGUUCUCAUUGAAAAGUUCAAGCUGUACAUGUUGGCGGAGGAUUCGCCGGAGAAUUCGCCGGAGGAUUCUACCCGCCGGAAUGUCCGGAAUGUUCUGGAGCUGAGAAUAAUGUUGGACGAUUACAUCAAUUCGCUCCAGGAAGCCAAAAAAAAAGUUGAGGAAGAGCAAAAGACACAGAAGCUCGCAAGUAGCGCUGGAUCCAGCAACGAAAUCGCCAACCCGGAGUUUCGGGAAGAAAUCUCGGAUUUCGACCAGUGGAUAGAAAACGCGAAAACGGUGCUAGAAUUCGUGGAUCAAAAGUAUCCAGCCUGUAAAGACAAAACCGAACGGACUACACAGUUCUUCGUUAACCGAGUGGCGGUUCUCAUUGAAAAGUUCAAGCUGUACAUGUUGGCGGAGGAUUCGCCGGAGAAUUCGCCGGAGGAUUCUACCCGCCGGAAUGUCCGGAAUGUUCUGGAGCUGAGAAUAAUGUUGGACGAUUACAUCAAUUCGCUCCAGGAAGCCAAAAAAAAAGUUGAGGAAGAGCAAAAGACACAGAAGCUCGCAAGUAGCGCUGGAUCCAGCAACGAAAUCGACAACCCGAAGUCUCCCACCGCACCGCAGUUGGAAAACCGUCCCAGCGAGGAAUUGGCCAGAGAGGAACUGGCCAGCGAAGAAUUCGGCAGUGAUCACGCCGAAGCCGCGUCCACCAACGGAAAGGACAUCCGCCGGUCACUUUCCGCUUCAUCAUCCCCUUCCUCCCCAGCAAAAUCCAAAACCCCAUCUUUUACAUGUGUAGGUCUGGCUGAUAGCAGCGGCAGUACUGCAUCUGCCGAAGAGACGUUUACCUGUAUUUAUCUUGGCGCGACGGUCGUUGAGAGGGCCGGAUGGGAGGAGUGUAAAAGGGCUUACGUGACUCUCAUGGAAUCGCCCCGGGACCAGCCGUACGACAUAUUCUUAGACAAGGAAGCGAUAACGUUGAAAUAUUCGACAAAAGAAACCGAGGUUACGAUACACGAUGGCCCUUUAACCGAAGUUGUUAUUCCACCGUGGCGCCAUCCAGAGGAUCCCACUUUGUUGGGUUUGGUUACUGGAAACCCGGAUUCUCGCUAUGACUUUCUGUUGCUGCGAUUCAAUAAAUCGCAGGCCGACACUUUCGCGGGAGCCCUUUGUCGGAUCGUGUGUAAUGCUCUACACGCGACGCAGGAGUACGUCACGCCGGUCACGGAGGAGCCCAUUAUAGCGGUUGUCGAAUCACGCACGGGGCAGCUUCCGGUUCGACGCACAAAUUACGGAACCAAUGAAUCCCGGCACCAGCAAGGUUCAUCCCGGGAAACGUUGCCCGAGCUGGAGAGGGACACUGGCGCCACAAAUGAGAUGGAAAACGAGAUCGGCCACGAUGUCGCCCAGCCGGCUACGCUCACGGCUCUCCAAUGUCCCCCUGCACCUGUUCCAGCUGUUCAGCCGGUCUACGGUGCCGCGAAAAAAAUUAAGUCGGCAGCAGCAGAUGUCCCCGGCUCUGCCAAUGGCAAGAAACGGGGUUGGAGCAGCGAAUUUGACGGAGAAUUCGGGCAGAAACACGCGAAUGUUAUCCCUCCUCUGAAGAAGCCCCGUGUAAACAUAGAGAUUCCAUCCCAGGUUCAGCCGGGCAUGGAAACGGUGGAUGCGAAAAGUCAGCGCAAGGGCAAGGUGCUGACACUGGGCGGAUAUGAAUAUCUCCACGACUUCGCACGAGGCGGAGAGCACCAGUGGCGUUGUCGCCGGACGGGUUCGUGCAUGGUCAGGCUGGAUAUGUCCGACGACGGGCCCCACCUACAAGGGAAGCACACUCACGGUCCGCUGAAGCCAAACGACCAGGCGCGGGAGUACACUGAACCCACGGUGCACACCGAAGAGUCCCCAGCGCCAGCCACCGUGAUGGAGACGGAGGAGACGGAGGAGGUGAUCGUACCCCGUUUGCGAGACCAAAAGGGGCGAUUCAUGAAGAAGGAGGGCAAAUAACUGAUGUCCAUCGA